AUGUUCGGCAUCCUCGAGGCUGUCGCAGCGCCUAGCGAGGGCAUCUAUGCCACCUACGAUGACUUGAUAAAGGAGUUGAACAAUCGCGUCACGAAGGAGGGCUACAAGAUCGUCAAGUCGCGUUCCCAUAAGGGAAGGCUGAUGACCCCCGAUGAUCCAGAUGCUGUUGGAAUGGUUCGGUGCGACCUCGUGUGUGAUCGAGGUGGCCGACCGUACAAGAGUACGGCAACAAAGCAUAGAUCUACAACCAAGAAGACCAAUUGCCCCUGGAACGCAAAGGCUGUUCAUCGCAGACAGUUUGGAGGCUGGGUCUUGACAAUUAAGUGCGAUCAACACAACCACGAACCGGGCACGCCCGAGCCUCCUACACCGACGACCAGCGAAGUGGGGGAUAAUGAUGCCGAAGGCGAGAAUGACGGCCCGCAGCCAGACCCAGACACUUCGGAGGCUCUUCAGAUCGCGGGCGUCUCUCCCAGUUCUCUUCGAUUGACCGGAGACACUUUCCAACUAUUUAAGACCGAGUACCGCAAGAUGUCGCCGCCCGAACGAUUGGGGAUUCUCUCCCAGCUUCAACUAAGAGUUGCAGCCAUAUACGCUAUCCAGAACGAGGAUGUCCAGCGUCAGAAGAGACAAGAAGCCCAGCAUAGGCGCCACAUGGAAAUCGAAGCUGGCCGCGGCCAACGUCCCAUGCAGAAACAAAAGGCCCGUCGCCCACGACAGCAGCAACCGCCACAACCUCAACAGGUUCAGCAAGCUCAACAAACGCAGCAGGUGCAGCAAGGUGCCUUGCAGUCGCAGCAACAAGUCCAGACCCAACAGCCCUUGCAGCAUCUUCAACAUCAGCAACCUUUGCCACCACAACAGGCUCACCAGCUACCAAGCCAGCAGCAGCACAUGGGACAGUUCCAGAUGAGCCCGGAUAGCCCGAGCCAACAGCUGAUGAAUCUCGGUCUUGCUCAGAUUCAACAGUUCGCGGGAGCCUCCACUGAUAAGCGCAUGCGAGGUGCACCAAUGCAACAAGGACAACAGCCAACUGCCUAG